AUGGAGGUUAGAAUACCCUCUGCUGUGGUACAGAAUCUACAAAUGUUCAUUAAACUAAAACAGCCAUCACUGCAGAAAACUCAAGAAGUGAUGCAAAGUGAAAACCAAACCCAGAACCCUGAGGGGAUAAUUAAAGAGCUGUGCGUAUGUAAUGGAUUGUCUUAUGAGAACAUUGAUCAAGAGGGACUGAAGACAACAGCGCUGGAGAUGUUUUUCUCAGGUUACCCUAGAAUUGUAGGCAUGAAAUAUUUCCCAAAUUUAACUACUCUCACUCUUGUUGGGCAACACAUUGAAAACAUUACAGGCCUGAAGCACUGCUUGUUGCUCAGAGAGCUGUGGAUUGCUGAAUGCUGUUUAGUGAGAAUAAGUGGUCUACAAAAAUGUGUGAAUUUAGAAAAGCUUUACCUUUAUUGCAAUGAAAUUUCCAAGAUUGAAAAUCUGGAAGCCCUAACAAAGCUGAGCGUACUUUGGUUGAAUAAUAACCAGAUCAAAAACAUAGAGGGCUUACAUACUCUGCAGAAUUUGCAAGAGGUCAACUUUGCUGGAAACCUAAUAACAAAAAUAGGAAGUUGCUUGGACUUCAAUACAAAAAUUGAAAAAAUAAACCUCUCUCAUAACAAAUUAUCUUCCUUCAAGGAACUCACAAAUUUGUCAAGACUACCUAACUUAAAAGAUUUGGCCCUCAAUGAUCCCCUGUACGGACCCAACCCUGUUUGCCUUCUUUCUAACUAUGCCAUCCACGUGCUGUAUCACAUACCACAGCUUCAAAGGCUGGAUACAUAUGACGUUUCCCAAAAGCAUAUCAAGAUUCUGGCAGAGACUACAAUUAUGAAAAAAAUAACGUACUGUCGCAUGCAUGUAAAAAGUGUCCAGAGACAGCUCCAUGGCAAGCUUGAGGAGCUAAAGGAAAGGAGAAGCAGACUGCAGAGUUUGCCAGAAAAUAAGAUAAAGUUGUUCAGCUGCAACAUAAAACAACUGGAAUGUGAACUGGACAAGAUGGAAAUGCUGGAUAAAACAGCAAGUAGAGAAUCUCAAAGGAGAAGGAAUCUGGCAGCUGAAAAUUCAGUUCAUGACAAGGAAGAUGCAGAAAAGGCAUGCCUUGAGAAGGCAUUUGUACAAAAAAUAAAUGCCAUGAAGGAAAGAAUAACAUUCUGGAACAGAAAACUGGAUGAAAUUGAAAAAUAUUACCUAACAGAAAUGAAGAAGAAGAAGAAGAGUUUUAACUUGUUAGUCCAAUUCUUGUUGUUGGAAUUGGAAACAGUGGGAAACAUUCACUUUGAAGAAGGUUUAUCAAACAGUCCCUGGUUUAGUUCCUGUUGCGAUCUAAUUCAGUCACGAUUUUGUAGCAGGGAUUUCAGAGCGUAUGAUAUCAUUGGAGUGAAAAUAAACCGUGCAUUCAGAGUGCACAAUCAAAUCCUAAGGCUGAUAUUUGAAGAGAAGCUCCAAACGUUUCUGGAAAAAGAAACCUUCAGUGUAGCAGAAAACUACAAAGAGAAGCUGGAGUAUCUCUUUUAUGUAUUUAAUCCUGAGUGGUCAGAAAAGCAGCUGCUUCAGGUACUGGAGGAUGGCUUCCAUGACAUGGCAAUGCAUGCGCAGCCUGGGAGGAAUGAAGCUGUCCUUCUUUGUAACAGCCUGAACAUAUGUGAAUGUCCCAGAAUAGAGUUUCUGAAACAGCAAGCCAAGACUGAAGGCAAAAACAGGAGUGAUCCUGAGGAGUCAUUCAGGCAUGGGACAGUGAUAAUUGCAAAAGUUUUCCUUGGCCACAGUGCUCCAGUUUGUCCAAAGAAUCCCAUCUGCCAAGUCAAUUACCCAGAAGCUAAUUCAGUAUUCAGGCCAUGGAAAAGCCUAGAAAGGGGCGCAUCUCCUUCAGGUAAUGAAAUGUGGGCUUCUUUGAAACAGAGAAAUUGUGACAGCAGUGGAUGGCAGUGUGAGUGGUUUGUAUUUGACCAUGGCCUGGUCCUGCCAGAAUACAUUGCUGACCUUGAGUACGUCACACUGGUCAAAGACAAGUCUCUGUUUUCUACAUGCAAUAUAAUUGCAGAAGAGAGAAUGAGAAGCACAGAAGUUUUUAUUCUGUCUCAUGAUUUGCAACGUGAUGAUGAAGUUUUGAACAUGGCACCAUCAGUAGAAGUGAGGCCUAAGAUUACUUGUUUAGAUGAAGUAAAAAUACUUUCAGUAGCUAAGGCCAAUAUCUACAGUCAGCUACAGGUCUUGAAUUUGCAUGGAAACAGACUGAAGAAGCUGCAGAACAUCUCUAGAUUUAAAACACUUCGAAAGCUUGUUAUCAGCUUUAAUGACUUUGCUUCUUUAAAUGAUAUUUAUGACUUGCCCAACCUGGAGUAUUUGGAUGCAAGCCAUAACCAUGUGAUCACUCUUGAGGGCAUUAGAGGCUUAAGCAAACUGCAGUUCUUUGACCUGAGCUGGAAUCAGCUGAAAGAGUCCAAGGAAGUUUUGAACAUCUUAUGUGAACAUACUCCCAGUUUACAAAGCCUGGACAUCAGACACAACCCAUGGUGUAAGCCCACCUCCAUCCGGCUCAGUGUCAUCGGCCGACUGAAGACUCUCACUAACCUAGAUGGAGUCCUGAUUGCUGAUGAAGAAGCUGCAGAAGCACUAUACUAUAUUGAAGGAUCAGUGAUAAACAAGACAUCACUGUUGAAAUAUUCUAGGACUGAUGAAGAAAAGCCCCCCAUUCUCAGUGUAUUUUCUUGUGCUACAAUUCUGUCUCAAAUCAGCAAGAACAGGGUGGAUUUACAGAUGGAACAUAACUGGUAUUCAAUGAUCACUGUCUUAAAUCUGGAUGACCAACAUCUCUUCAAAAUUUCCAACUUGGAAAAACUGGAGCACUUAAGAUGGGCAUCAUUUAGCAACAACAAUCUCACACAAGUAGAAGGACUGGAAUCCUGUCUUAACCUCGAAGAACUCACUUUAGAUGAAAACUGCAUUUCCACACUCGAUGGAAUUUCAAAGCUCACCAAACUUACAAGACUCAGUGUAAAUAAGAACCAUCUUACCAGCCUCAAAAGACACGUGUUUGAGAAUCUGUCUCAUCUUCAUUACAUCUCUGUUGAGAACAACAGGAUCACAUCUUUAGUUGGUUUAAGGAAAACAUACUCCCUAAUAGAAUUAUACAUCAGUUAUAACUGUAUUUCAGCGAGCCAAGAGAUACAUCAUUUAAAGGGUUUAACUAAUCUGAUAAUUCUGGACAUGAGUGGAAAUGGAAUAGUCUGGAAACAAGAUAACUACAGACUAUUUGUGUUAUUCCAUCUUCCCUCUCUCAAUGCUUUAGAUGGCAUCUCUGUAGAACCUGCGGAAGGAGAAUGUGCAAAAGACUUGUUUGAAGGCAAACUCACCUCUGACAUGAUUGCAGAUAGGCUGGGACAUUCAGACUUCACCGAAAUGCAGGAAUUAAAUUGGGCAAGCUCUAACAUAAGAGCUGUAGAGCUGGUGCCAGCAGAUCAGUUUAGAAGUGUCAACAGUGUGAAUUUACAGAACAACAAUCUCACGUCUUUCAGUGGAUUAAUCUUCCUUCCCAAUGUCAAGGUACUAUGUCUGAAUUACAAUCACAUUGAAUCAAUACUGCCUGGACAAAAAUCUGCAAAUGAGUUAACAAACAGGCAGCAACUGCACCGAAAGGUGAUCUCUAGUGGUUAUGGACAACAAGAAUAUACCAAAGGAAGAAGGGAUGCAGGGUUUGAAGAAAGUCUGCCUCCAAUAAUGCAGAGUUUGGAAGUUCUUCAUCUGGGCCAUAACGGAAUUACUGACAUGGCCUACCUACAGCUUAGCAGGCUGAAAAACCUCAAGUUUCUAUUUUUGCAGGGAAAUUUGAUCAGACAAAUUGAAGGACUUGAAGGCCUCCAGUUUCUGCAAGAGUUGGUGCUGGACCACAACCGCAUUAAAAGAAUUUCACAAGGCUCUCUUGCUGGACAGAGCGAUCUUCAGACUCUUGAUCUAGAGAAAAACCACAUACGAGAACUGAACGGUUUAAAACCCUUGGUAAAAUUGCAGAAACUCUUUCUUCAGUUCAACAGAAUUCAGGAAAUAUCUGAACUAGAAAAACUUCAAGUUAUUCCUAGUCUCAAGGUGCUCUCACUGCAUGGAAAUCCAGUUUAUCUCAAGAAGAACUACCGUUCACUGCUUGUCAUCCAGCUGCCAGCACUACAAGUGUUAGAUGGAAUUGCAGUAAAUGCAGAAGAGAGGGAUUUCCGGGUUGCAAACUCCACAAAGGACUCUGGAUUUCCUGCACUGCCAGACAGUUUUACAAGACGCACUCCUCUCAGGAUCUCAACAGUGGACCUGAAUGAAAGCAUCACCCAUUUAUUUGAUCUUACAUUUGGUCAUAAAGUGGCAGAGCCUCUACUGAAUAAACCAGAUAAAAGUAUGCCUGGGAAUCCAGCAAUUGCAACACACAGUCUGCGAAGCAGCCAUGUAAAAAGAGCUCUUAGGCAAGCCAAAGGAGCAACAGCUGAUCUUAGAAGCAGUUUGGUGCCUCACAGUGUUACUUCUCAAACCAGCCAACUGCAUCAGAACAGCAGAGAAAACGUGGGCAGGUGAAGACUCUUACCAACUCUAAACACAGUAUAAUUUUCUCUCCUUUCUGAAGAGGGGGUUAGGACCAAAGUACCUCUCUUCCUUCUUCAUUUGACUGAUGUGCAAGAUAACAACACUUUUUUUCUACAAAGGCUGCCAAGUUUUCUUUUUUCUGAUUCCAGAUCCACCAAAAACAUGUUUAAUCUCUUCUGAUAAAAUCUGCACUGCAUCUGUGAGAACAACCUAGGAACAAUUAAAAAUUUGCAGCUAAAACAAUGACUAUUAAACAGGGCCAGCUCUUUGAUAAAGUAAGCUUGUAUCUAUCAAAUCCCUCUUUAAUCCUGCUCCGCCACGAGCUCAAAACUUCAUUUUGUUUUGUAUUUGUUACCCACUUUUGUUUAGUAAUCAAGAAUAUUAAGAAUGGAAGCAGAAGUGCAAGAGUGAAGCUGUCACUGUGGUUAAUUCUGUCUAAUGGUUGUUCUGUCAGCAGCAGUAUUUUUAUUCCAUUACUUGCUGCCAGCUGAUGAAAUGGCACAGGAAAGUGACACCAGCAUUUCUUAGUAUAUCAAACAUUCACCCACCAUAGGAAAGUGGGCAGCCCUGGCACUCAGACAUUUCUAUCUUGAUGAUUAACAUUUGCUGCCUAAAGAGAUGCCAUCAAAGUCAGCUGUGUCAAUGAGUGAGGUGAUUCCAUGUUACCAAUCUGUGAGCUGUUGGUUUUUGGGUUGGUUUUUUUUUUGUUUGUUUUGCAAGAUUAGUCUCAAAUGAGCUUUUUCCUUAGACAUACUUAAUAUAUUUUUAUACUAAAAACGAUGAUACAGCUCCUAUUUCUUCUUGCUAAAUAAAGUAAUCAUUAGCUAUAUUUUGCCAUUGAAAAAGGGAGAGCUAGUUAAGGGCUUG